AUGAGGCGUAGCUAUGAGAACGCCUUAAGGCUCCUCGAAACACGCAGGCGGAAGGCCCGACCCAAGACCCCAGCGGCGCCCGCCACAGCCCAAAAUUCCGCAACUCCUAGCGGUACCCCAACUGUGAAUGGCGUACCUAGCUUGGUCGGAAUGAAGGAUUGGUUGCAGGCUUUAGGACACUCCGAAAAUGACGUCGACAAUCUGAAUAUAAUCCAUGUCGCUGGCACAAAAGGAAAGGGCAGUACUUGCGCUUUUACUAGGUCCUUUCUUCGUACGCAUGGAUUGAGGACAGGAUUCCCGAAGCGGGUUGGAAUGUACACCUCGCCUGAUUUACAAUGCAUCCGAGAAAGAAUCCAGAUUGAUGAUCAGCCAAUCCCGGAAAAUCUUUUCACGCAGUAUUUCUUUGAAGUGUGGGAGACUCUUACGUCCCCGGACACAGGAACAACUACAGCAAUCCCAAAACAACCUCGUUAUCUACAGUUACUGGCUUUACUAGCGUUUCACACCUUCAUCAGAGAAAACGUUGACGCGGCAAUAUUCGAGACACACCAUGGUGGAGAAUAUGACGCCACCAACGUGAUUCGGAAGCCUAUUGUGACUGGGAUCACGUCUCUGGGGAUGGACCAUGUUGCACAGCUGGGACCUACGGUCGAGGAUGUUGCCUGGCAUAAAGCAGGUAUAUUCAAACCCGGGGCGCCUGCAUUCUCUGCUGUUCAGGAGUCUGGUCCCGAUGCAGUUCUACGGAAACGUGCGACUGAAAGAAACACCGACUUGACAUUUGUCUCGCCCUCUGCCACCCUUCCUGAUAAUAGAAGGGUCUUGAGUGCUCCGGUGCAACGGCUGAAUUGCUCUUUGGCUCUGCAGUUGACUGAAACGUUUCUACGGCUUAAGGAUUCCGAGCAUACGCUGGACGCCGAUGACAUCUCUAAUGGUGUCAACAACUUCUCCUGGAUGGGGAGGUUUGAGAUAAUAAACAAAGAUUGCUCACAAUGGUUCUUGGACGGUGCACAUAACACGCUGAGCCUAGAGCAAGCGGCGGAAUGGUUCUCAAAGAAUGUUAAUGUUACAGAUGCACCAAAACAUCGUGUUCUUAUCUUUAGCCAUUUUUCUGAAGAGCGUGACGGUGUCACUCUAUUGGAAUGUCUAGCGCAUGCGCUCUCUGAGCACAAUGCAAAACCCGAUCAUGUCAUCUUCACUACAUACGAUGAGAGAGAGGAUGGUGCAACAAGAAUAGACAAAACAUUGAAGGUGCCAGAGACGCCUUUCCCAGAUCUUUGCGCAAUAUAUUCUUCUCUUUGGACAGAAAUUCAUCCCUCUACCGCAGUCUCAACCGAGCCGACUAUCCAGGGUGCCAUAAGGCUUGCGGAACGGAUAAGUUCGCAACAAGGUGGCAUGCAAGCUCUUGUUACCGGGAGCUUACAUCUUGUUGGAGGAGCACUUAACCUGUUACGGCCUUGA